GUUGUGACGUAUUUCCGUUCAGAUUUCCUCCCAUGCUAGCUGAGCACGGUGAAUUUCCAAUUUACAGUUUGGAACGAAACUACAGAUCAAAAAAAUGUUCAAACUGGAAGGACUGGGACCUAAAAUGGACCCGGAGGAGAUGAAGAAGAAAAUGCGAAACGACGUCAUUUCAUCUUUACGAAACUUUCUGAUUUACGUCGCUCUGCUCAGAGCCACUCCGUAUGUGUUAAAGAAGUUGGACAGCAUAUGAGCCAGGCCAUCUGCUCCUCCAUCCUCCAUCCCUCCACCCAACAAGAAUCUCCUACAUCAGAGACCGUGAGGACCCUCUGACACAGUCAGAGGCAUCACAUCAUCACACGAGAAGAUGACCACUUUCUUCCCUUCUCUUCACCUGACACCCCAGCUGUCUUCAGUUCCAGUUUUGCUCCAUCUUCRUCAUGCAUUUUUAUAUAUUUUAUCCACUGGUAAUUUAMCAUUAAAUAUUUGUUAAAUGCAGAGGUUGCACUUGUGUUCUGCCUCCUGUUUCAGACUGUUUAGGAAACAAAGUGUUCUAAUGGUUUAAAAAGUGUCGAGUUUGUCAGCUAAAAUUAAAUGUCAAGUUUCAUUUUU